GCCUCUCUGGUUAUUGAUGAAAAUGGUGGCAUGACUAUUAUACGAAUACAAGUUGGUGAACAGUUGAAGAUGAAACGACAACGUUAUAAGAUGGACAAGGGUGAUAGAUACAUUGACUGUGGUAAGCCGAAGCUGAAGAAACAAGAGGACAUUGAUGAUAGAUAUAGUUAA